CUCCGAAGCCCCCGCGCGCCAAGGCGGCGAUCAAGCGAGCGCGCGUGCAGCCGCGCCGCCCAGAGCACCCGCAGCGCCGGCGCCGCGGCGAGACAGGAGGAGAACCCACCCACCGACAGAACCCCGCAGCCGCGGCAUCCCGGAGGAGAACAUGCUUGCCAAUUCAGCCAGUGUGCGGAUUCUCAUCAAGGGAGGCAAGGUUGUGAAUGAUGACUGCACCCACGAGGCUGAUGUCUACAUCGAGAAUGGCAUCAUCCAGCAGGUGGGCCGUGAACUCAUGAUCCCUGGAGGGGCCAAGGUGAUUGAUGCCACGGGGAAGCUGGUGAUCCCUGGAGGCAUCGACACCAGCACCCACUUCCACCAGACCUUCAUGAAUGCCACGUGCGUGGACGACUUCUACCAUGGGACCAAGGCAGCACUCGUUGGAGGCACCACCAUGAUCAUUGGCCAUGUCCUGCCUGACAAGGAGACCUCCCUUGUGGAAGCCUACGAGAAGUGCCGGGGUCUGGCCGACCCCAAGGUUUGCUGUGACUAUGCCCUGCACGUGGGGAUCACCUGGUGGGCUCCCAAGGUGAAAGUGGAAAUGGAGACCCUGGUGAGGGAGAAGGGAGUCAACUCGUUUCAGAUGUUCAUGACCUACAAGGACUUGUAUAUGCUUCGGGACAGCGAACUGUACCAAGUGUUUCACGCUUGCAAGGAUAUUGGAGCCAUCGCCCGAGUCCAUGCUGAAAAUGGGGAGCUCGUGGCUGAGGGAGCAAAGGAAGCACUAGAUUUGGGUAUCACAGGCCCAGAAGGCAUUGAGAUCAGCCGUCCAGAAGAGCUGGAAGCAGAAGCUACUCACCGAGUUAUCACCAUUGCAAACAGAACUCACUGUCCCAUCUAUCUGGUCAACGUGUCCAGCAUCUCAGCCGGUGAUGUUAUUGCAGCUGCUAAGAUGCAAGGCAAGGUCGUGCUGGCUGAGACCACCACCGCACACGCCACGCUCACGGGCUUACACUACUACCACCAGGACUGGUCCCACGCGGCCGCCUACGUUACGGUGCCUCCCCUGAGACUGGACACCAACACGUCAACCUACCUCAUGAGCCUGCUGGCCAAUGAUACUUUGAACAUUGUGGCGUCAGAUCACCGGCCUUUCACCACGAAGCAGAAAGCUAUGGGCAAGGAGGACUUCACCAAGAUCCCACACGGUGUGACCGGGGUUCAGGACCGUAUGAGCGUCAUCUGGGAGAGAGGCGUGGUUGGAGGAAAGAUGGAUGAGAACCGUUUUGUGGCCGUUACCAGUUCCAAUGCAGCCAAGAUUCUCAACCUGUAUCCCCGAAAGGGCCGCAUCAUCCCUGGAGCUGAUGCCGAUGUGGUGGUGUGGGACCCUGAAGCCACCAAGACCAUCUCCGCCAGCACCCAGGUGCAGGGAGGAGACUUCAACCUAUACGAGAACAUGCGUUGCCACGGCGUCCCGCUGGUCACCAUCAGCCGAGGCCGGGUCGUGUACGAGAACGGCGUCUUCAUGUGUGCUGAGGGCACCGGCAAGUUCUGUCCCCUGCGAUCCUUCCCAGACACUGUCUACAAGAAGCUGGUCCAGAGAGAAAAGACCUUAAAGGUGAGGGGAGUGGACCGCACGCCCUACCUGGGGGAUGUAGCUGUCAUUGUGCAUCCUGGGAAAAAAGAGAUGGGAACGCCGCUGGCAGACACUCCAACCCGGCCUGUCACCCGACAUGGAGGCAUGAGGGACCUUCAUGAAUCUAGCUUCAGCCUUUCUGGUUCUCAGAUCGAUGACCAUGUUCCAAAGCGAGCCUCGGCUCGGAUCCUCGCUCCCCCCGGAGGCAGGUCAAGCGGCAUUUGGUAAAGACACUGCCCAGCCCCCCAAGUGAAGAUGCACCAACGCCACCAGCCCCACGCCCUCCGGCCGCAGCUGCAGGGGUGGGGCGGGAGAGGCCGCGCUGGACAGCUCACCACCCGAGGGGCCCCGGGACUCCGGGGCCCUCCCCAUGUCUGACACGUGAUUCACUGUGCUUCGAGCCAACCCUAACAGGCACUUUGAGAUGUGUUCCUCCUGCUGCAGUCCUUUCCUGCCUCGGCCCCCGCGGGCUUCCCUGGGGCCCAGGAAGCCCAUACUAUGCACAGAGCCCACUUGCAUAGAGCCUGGCCCCGCCCCUCCCUCGCACCCGCCCCCUGCUGGCCUUGGGCAACCCCGCCCUUAGUGCCCUGCCCCUGGCUGACCCGCCAGUUGUCCAGAGCACUUUAGCAGACGUGUUUUAAAAGAAAAGGACCCCCCUCCCCGAUCCCCUUCGGCCCUGUGGUCGUUUUCCCCAAGUCAGACAGGUGUUCGCAUCCUAACAGUGCCCCAGGACCUCCCGUUUCUCCCAAUUCAACUCCUGCCCCUGUUUGGGAGUGGCUGGGACACGCUGCGCCCUUUGCUGGCUGCCUCCUCCCUGAAUCCCGGCAGUCCCAGGCCCAGAAGGGCUGGCCGGGCGGGCAUGAGGCUGGUGCCAGGCGCGUGUAUAUGAUUUCGUUUUGCACGUUUGGUUUGCGCAGUGGUUUGGUUUGACUUGUUUGUGCAUCCUGUGAAAACUGACGGUGCUUUGUGUCACUAGCAUAGCAUAGAAACAGGAAUAGAUGUGGACCUUAAGAGAUGCUGCUUCGCCACCAACCAGACAGCCUAGGGCACCAAGGACAGGGGCCAGAGGGGGAUACUGGACUCUCGGGGCCCCUCUUCUCCCUAUCUGGAGUCUUCCUGUCCCCCCUCCCUCCCCUCCUGGUUUCCUGCAUCCUGAGAGGGUGCCCGGAAUGCUGGCCCUAGAGACCUUCAGGAAUCAAGGUUGCCUUUCCCAUGUGUGGUCCUGGUCACUCCCAGCACUCACCACCCCCCCACCCACGCACACACAACUGCCUGUAGGUAUCCCCCUGCUGUACAGAGGCCCAGUUGCUCCUUCUGUGUGAUUGGCAAGAGGCCUCAUGCCUGCUAAGGGGCGUGGGGGGGGGGGGCAUGGUAGGGGGAGCAGGCUGGCUAUAUGCCAGGUAGAAGGCCAGACCAGUAGGACCUGGCUAUAGCCAACAGGGCCACACAGGGUCUGCAGGCUACUGUGGUCAGCACCUUGCCCUCACCUGCUUGUGGUCUCUAUCUCCUCUCAGCUGGGCCUUCCCUGCCUCCAAAACUCCAGGAGGUUUCCAUGGAAACACUAGAGGCUGCCCUUGCUAAGCCUUGUUCCCCCUUGGGGAGUGACGUCACAUUGCACCUGGGCUGACACGCGGCUCCUGGACUCCUGCGCCGGUGGUCAUACCCUGCACAUUUCUGCAGUGCUCUUCAUGUUUUCAAAGCCCUUUCAUGUAUGAGCUCUCAAUUGCUCCUCACAACCACAAAGCAUGCAUUAUUCUCCCCAUUUCUCAGAUGUGGCCCAGAAAGCUCAGGCCUUCUGACUCCAGAACGGUCCAGACUGCCCUAUUUAGAACUUGGCUGUCUACCCCAGCGGUGGACAGAAGAAGUGGAGUGACAUCUCUUUCAGAUCCCCCCUGAGAGUUUAACCAGCUAGAUGACUUACUCCCCCAGUAGGCAUUCUGCUUUGUUUUGCACAGGUAGAUAGAUUUUUCUUGUAAACAAACUAAUGCAUAUUCACUAUUUGAGCCAGAACUAGUUACAUGCUGGAGGUUUGCCGUGUGGUUUGAGCUGCCUCCACAUCCUCACCCCUCCCUUCAUGCUCCCCUUCCUCACUUAGGGGCUGAGAGGACCCAGACGGUCACCCAGGAAGCAGAGGCAGCAAAGGCACUCAUGGAGAGUGGUAGCCAUGGGAACAGUCAGCAGGGAUCUGAGCCUGGGAAACCGUGACACUGAUCCCUUGGUACAGUGCACAUCAUCUUUAUCCCUUUCAGCCCUUGCUGGGUCAUGGGCCUUGGGCAGAUGCCAAAGAGCCAAGCAGUGGUGAUAGCCAGUGGGCAGAGCAUCCCUGCUUGGGCCAGGAAAGCUUUACCUUCUCUGAGUGCCUCCGCCCGAGAGAUGCGUGGUCCGUGGCUCUGGGAGACCACCUGUUGGUAUGGUCCGUCAAAGGCCUUCCACUUCAUUCACCCCCGACACUUACAUAGACCCACCCUUGCCCAGGAGCAUCUAGAUGAAAAUCAGAAGGAGGUUCAAGGAACCGAAUGAAAGGUCAGCCCUGUCACCCAUUCCCUGCCCCUGUGCUGAGUUCCAGCCAGCCCCAUCACCAGCCCCACCGGCUCCUGGUUGGAAUGAAAAGGGUCUCUGGUUGCACUGAAUGCAGCUCUCAAACUUGGUCUUGUACUUGCUGAAUAAAUACUGUUGUUCUUGCCUUAGCUGCUCUCUAGGUUUGUGGGGUUAAGUUACCAGAAAAUUGUGCUACCGUGUGUGCGUGUGUAUGUGUGCGUGUGUGUAGUGCUAGGAGUCCACAGUAGGUCUCGGUCAAGGCAAUGCCGAGAUGAGGGCUUUUCCAAUACUGACCCAGAAACCACUCGGAAACCCAAACCCCCUCCAGCUACCCAGGCAGCGGGCACAGCCUGGGGUCGGGAUGGAGCCUCGAACACCCCAGCACCCAAGUGACUUCUUCACUCCUCUGUAAACGUCAUGGUGCUAAGAUUGUGUCAACCCCAGGACAGCACAUGGUCUUGUGCUUUGGCCACCCGAUUGAGGCAAACACAAAACAGCCCGACUCAUUGUGUUCUGGUGCAGGUUUGUAUUAAACUAUAGCUACUUCUC